UCAGAUGAUAUUAAGCCCCGCCCAUGUGUAAUGAGUGUGUGAGAGACUGCAGAGAGAAGUGAGAAGGUUCUUGCUGAGACAGUGGUGCUUCAGUUAUCUCUUUGUCACACACACUUUUGGACUGAAGAGAAACUUCACACAAACUAAGUCAGUCAUCAUGUCUGAGGCAGAGCGUUUCCUGUAUGGAGACCGCAGUGCGAUCACCGACCCCCUGGCGCAGGCCGACUGGGCCUCCAAAAAGCUCAUCUGGGUUCCGUCUGAGAAAGUGGGCUUCGAGUCGGGCUCAGUUAUAGAGGAGAAAGGGGACGAGUGCAUCGUGGAGCUCAGCGAUUCUGGGAAAAAGAUCAAAGUGAGCAAAGACGACAUCCAGAAGAUGAACCCACCCAAGUUCAACAAGGUGGAGGACAUGGCAGAGCUCACCUGCCUCAACGAGGCGUCUGUUCUCCACAACCUCAAAGAGAGAUACUACUCCGGACUAAUCUAUACGUACUCUGGGCUGUUCUGUGUGGUCAUCAACCCGUAUAAACACCUGCCCAUCUACUCUGAGGAGAUCGUCGACAUGUACAGGGGAAAGAAGAGACACGAGAUGCCUCCUCACAUCUACGCCAUUACAGACACUGCAUACCGGAGCAUGAUGCAAGAUCGGGAGGAUCAGUCCAUCCUGUGCACAGGUGAAUCCGGAGCAGGAAAAACAGAAAACACAAAAAUGAUUCAGUAUUUGGCUUCUGUGGCUUUAUCCUCUAAAACCAAGAAAGACCCUAGCAGCAGCAGUUUGUCACAUGGGGAGCUGGAGAAGCAGCUGUUGCAGGCUAACCCCAUCCUGGAGGCGUUCGGUAAUGCCAAGACUGUAAAAAACGACAACUCGUCUCGUUUCGGAAAGUUCAUCAGGAUUAACUUUGAUGUGAACGGCUACAUCGUCGGAGCGAACAUCGAGACCUACCUGUUGGAGAAGUCUCGUGCCAUCAGACAGGCUAAAGAAGAGCGAACCUUCCACAUCUUCUACUACCUGCUGUCAGGAGCCGGAGACAAACAGCGCUCGGAGUUGUGCCUGGAGGAUUAUGGGAAAUAUCGCUUCCUGUCCAAUGGGAAGGUGACGAUUCAGGGACAACAGGACAAAGAACUCUACACUGAGACCAUGGAUGCCUUCAAGAUCAUGAGCAUUCCUGAGGAUGAGCAGACAGGUUUGCUGAAGGUGGUGUCUGCAGUUCUUCACUUGGGCAACAUCAUCUUUAAGAAGGAGCGUAACUCUGAUCAGGCCUCAAUGCCGGAUGAUACGGCUGCACAGAAAGUGUGCCACCUGCUGGGCAUGAACGUGACUGACUUUGUGCGUGCCCUCCUCUCUCCGCGUAUUAAAGUGGGUCGUGAUUAUGUGCAGAAAGCUCAGACACAGGAACAGGCAGAGUUUGCUGUUGAAGCUUUGGCCAAAGCCACGUAUGAGCGAUUGUUCCGCUGGCUGGUGACGAGGAUUAAUAAAGCUCUGGACAAAACCAAGCGUCAGGGAGCUUCGUUCAUCGGCAUCCUGGACAUCGCCGGCUUUGAGAUCUUUGAGUUAAACUCGUUUGAGCAGCUGUGUAUUAAUUACACUAACGAGAAGCUGCAGCAGCUCUUCAACCACACCAUGUUCAUCCUGGAGCAGGAGGAGUAUCAGCGUGAAGGCAUCGAGUGGAGCUUCAUCGACUUUGGUCUCGACCUGCAGCCCUGCAUCGACCUCAUCGAGAGACCCACUGGACCUCCAGGCAUCCUGGCUCUUCUGGAUGAGGAGUGUUGGUUCCCCAAAGCUACAGAUAAGACGUUUGUGGAUAAGCUGGUGCAGGAACAGGGGAACCACCCCAAAUUUCAGAAAGCAAAGAAGCUCAAAGAUGAUUCAGAUUUCUGUAUCAUUCAUUACGCUGGCAAGGUGGAUUAUAAAGCAGUGGAGUGGUUGAUGAAGAACAUGGACCCUCUGAACGAAAACAUAACGACGUUGCUCAAUCAGUCUCCAGACAAAUUUGUAUCUGAACUCUGGAAAGAUGUGGACAGAAUCGUAGGUCUGGAUAAAGUCGCAGGAAUGGCGGAAUCUGCACACGGCGCAUUUAAAACUCGUAAGGGAAUGUUCCGGACUGUCGGUCAGCUUUACAAAGAGCAGCUGAGCAAUCUGAUGACCACGCUGAGGAACACCAACCCCAACUUCGUCCGCUGCAUCAUCCCCAACCAUGAGAAGAAGGCAGGUAAACUGGAUGCUCACCUGGUCCUGGAGCAGCUGAAGUGUAAUGGUGUGUUGGAGGGAAUCAGGAUCUGCAGACAGGGCUUCCCUAACCGCAUCAUCUUCCAGGAGUUCCGACAGAGGUAUGAGCUCCUCACUCCCAACGCCAUACCUAAAGGCUUCAUGGAUGGGAAGCAGGCGUGUGUGCUGAUGAUUAAAGCUCUGGAAUUGGACUCUAAUCUGUACCGGAUUGGACAGAGUAAGGUGUUUUUCCGUGCUGGAGUUCUGGCUCACCUGGAGGAGGAACGCGACAUCAAAAUCACAGACGUCAUCCUGAAGUUCCAGGCCUGGUGUCGCGGCUACGUGGCUCGCAAGGCGUUUGCUAAGCGUCAGCAGCAGCUCUCAGCAAUGCGAGUGAUCCAGAGGAACUGUGCUGCUUAUCUGAAGCUGAAGAACUGGCUGUGGUGGAGACUCUUCACUAAGGUGAAGCCUCUGCUCCAGGUGACCCGCCAGGACGAGGAAAUGCAGGCGAAGGAGGAGGAGCUGCUGAAGGUGAAGGAGAGACAGCAGCAGUUUGAACUACAGUUACAAGAGUAUAAGACCAAACAGCAGCAGCUGAGCAUGGAGAAGCAGGCUCUACAGGAGCAGCUGCAGGCGGAGACUGAGCUGUGUGCAGAGGCAGAGGAGAUGAGAGCUCGUCUGGAGGCUCGGCAGAAAGAACUGGAGGAGAUCUACGACCUGGAGUCUCGUGUAGAGGAGGAAGAGGAGCGUGUCACUCACCUGCAGAAGGAGAAGAAGAAGAUGCAGCAGAACAUCACGGAUUUGGAGCAGCAGCUGGAUGAGGAGGAAGGGGCUCGGCAGAAACUGCAGCUGGAGAAGGUGACCACAGACUCCAAGCUGAAGAAGCUGGAGGAGGAGCUCAUGUUGCUGGAUGACCAGAACUCCAAACUCCUCAAGGAGAAGAAGCAGAUGGAGGACAGGAUCUCUGAGUUCAGCUCUAACCUGGCAGAGGAGGAGGAGAAAUCAAAGAGCUUACAGAAACUCAAAAACAAACAUGAGGCCAUGAUCACAGACCUGGAAGAGCGUCUGAAGAAGGAGGAGAAGACUCGACAGGAACUGGAGAAGAACCGAAGGAAGUUGGAAGGUGACACCACUGAGCUCAAUGAUCACCUCGCUGACCUUCGAGCUCAGAUUGCUGAACUUCGAGCACAGCUUGCCAAAAAAGAGGAGGAGUUACAGGCUGCUCUGGCCAGGAUCGAGCAGGAAACGUCCUUAAAAAACGCCGCGCAGAAGAGAGUGAGGGAACUGGAGGCUCAAGUUACAGAACUUCAGGAGGACCUGGAACUGGAGAAAGCGUCCAGAAAUAAAGCUGAAAAGCACAGGAGGGAUCUGAGCGAGGAACUAGAGGCACUGAAAAGUGAACUGGAGGACACUCUGGACUCAACUGCUGCUCAGCAGGAGCUCAGAGCUAAACGAGAAUCUGAAGUAGCUCAGUUGAAGAAAACUCUGGAGGAUGAAGUUCAGAGUCAUGAGCAGCUCCUAACUGAGAUGCGACAAAAACACACACAGGCUUUUGAAGAGCUUAAUGAACAACUGGAGCAAGCCAAGAGGAACAAGGCGUCGACGGAGAAAGUGAAGCACGCCUUGGAGAGCGAGCGCAAUGAGCUGCAGAUUGAACUUCAGUCGGUCUCUCAGAGCAGAAACGAUUCUGAACAUCGCAGGAAAAAAGCUGAAGCUCAGCUGCAGGAGCUCCAACUGAAACACACCGAGAGCGAGAAACAGAAGAAGGAAAUGGCCGACAAAAUGAGCAAAAUGCAGAUGGAGCUCGAGAGUCUGAGCAGCACUCUGUCUGAGGUGGAGAGUAAAUCCAUCAAAGCUGCUAAAGACUGUUCAUCUGUAGAGUCUCAGCUUCAGGAUUCACAGGUUUUGCUGCAGGAGGAAACGCGUCAGAAACUGGCUCUGAACACACGCCUGCGUCAGCUGGAGGAUGAACAGAACCGGAUGAAGGAGCUUCUGGAUGAAGAAGAGGAGGGAAGGAGGAGUGUCGAGAAGCAGCUUCAGUCGUCUCAGACACAGUUAUCAGAGCUGAGAAAGAAACUGGAACAGGAAGCAGUGAAUCUGGAGGCUUCAGAAGAAGGGAAGAGGAAGCUGCAGAGAGAGAUGGAGAACCUAAACCAGACCCUGGAAGAGAAGUCUGCUGCUUACGACAAGCUGGAAAAGACGAAGGUGCGGCUGCAGCAGGAGCUCGACGACUUGUUGGUGAGUCAGGAUCACCUGCGGCAGAUUGUCCAAGAGCUCGAGAGGAAGCAGAAGAAAUUUGACCAGAUGCUAGCCGAGGAGAAGAGUAUUUCAGCCAGGUACGGUGAGGAGCGAGACAGAGCAGAAGCUGAGGCUCGGGAGAAGGAGACGAAGGCUCUGACACUGGCUCAAAAACUAGAGGUUCUACAGGAGCAGCGUAACGAACUGGAACGAGCCAAUAAACUCCUCAAAACUGAGAUGGAGGACCUUGUAUCUUCUAAAGAUGACGUUGGCAAGAGUGUGCAUGAGCUGGAGCGUGCUAAGCGAGCGAUGGAGCAGCAGUUGGAGGAGAUGAAGUUACAGGUGGAGGAGAUGGAGGAUGAGCUGCAGCUGACUGAAGAUGCUAAGCUGCGUUUGGAAGUAAACCUGCAGGCCCUGAAGACACAGUUCGAGCGAGAUCUCCAGGGACGAGACGAGCAGGGAGAGGAGAAGAGGAAGCAGCUGAUGAAACAGGUGCGGGAGAUGGAGGUGGAGCUGGAGGAUGAAAGGAAGCAGAGGUCUGUGGCUUUAGCAGCAAAGAAGAAGCUGGAGCUCGACCUGUCUGACCUGGAGGCUCAAAUUGACCAGGCUGUAAAAGCUCGAGAUGAAGCACUGAGACAACUGAAGAAACUACAGGCACAAGUUAAGGAUCAGUUGAGGGAUGUUGAUGAGCUCAAAGCGGCGAGAGAUGCAGCACUGAACAUCGCCAAAGAGAACGAACGCAAACUCAAGAGUUUGGAGGCUGAAAACAUGCAGCUACAUGAGGAUCUGUCUGCAGCUGAUCGCAGUAAGAAGCAGAUCCAGCAGGAGAGAGAUGAGAUGCAUGAUGAAGUGACGGCCUGCAACUCCAAGAUGUCUGCUCUGAAUGAAGAGAAGCGGAGGCUGGAGGCUCGCAUCGCUCAGCUCGAGGAGGAGCUCGAUGAGGAACAGUGCAGCAUCGACCUUGUUAAUGACCAGCUGAAGAAGGCCAAUGGACAAGUGGACACCCUGAGCACAGAACUAUCAGGCGAGCGUAGUGCGGCUCAGAAGAGUGAGACGGCUCGACAGCAGCUGGAGAGACAGAAUAAAGACCUGAAGGCCAAACUGCAGGAGCUGGAAGGCUCCGUUAAAUCCAAGUUUAAGUCCACUAUCGCCGCCCUGGAGGCCAAAAUCCUGCAGCUGGAGGAACAGCUUGAGCAGGAGGCGAAGGAUAAACAGCAAACAUCGAAGGCAAUGCGUCGUAAUGAGAAGAGACUGAAGGAGGUUCUGCUGCAGGUAGAGGACGAGAGACGGAACGGUGAGCAGUUUAAAGACCAGAUGGAGAAGGCUAACUCACGUAUGAAGCAGCUGAAGCGUCAGUUGGAGGAGGCGGAGGAAGAAGCGACACGUGCUAACGCCUUCCGCAGGAAGUUACAGAGAGAGCUGGAGGAUGCCACAGAGGCCAGCGAUGCCAUGAACCGUGAAGUCAGCACGCUGAAGAGCAAACUCAGGCGUGGUGGUGAUUUCACCCUCAACGUGCGACGUGGGGUCCGUGAGGAGGACAUGGAUGAGACGUCUGAGACCACACCUGAGUAACACCUGUUACUGACAGCCAAUCAGAUUGCUUCAAGACGUCUGGGUGUCUCCUUUAUUCCUCCUUUAAUCAAUGACCUUAUCAUUUUACAUCACAUAAUGUUCCUGUAUUCACCGUCGUGUUGCCAGAUCAAGCAGAAAUCCUGUAACUGGAUUCAAUUUACUCAGGCGUGAUUGUUAAUGUAAGCGCAGUGAGUUCAGCUCUUUCACAAAACAAUAAAAUCGAUCCAAAGUGUUUUUCUGCAUUUUCAGCACAUUGUUUACUUUUUCCUGUGUUUUUCUGCUUCUCUUUAUUAGCCUUGUGCUGAUUCACAUUUUCACAUCAGUGUUGCACUUAUUAGAUAUUUAAUUUGUUAAUAACUCUGAUCACCAGAUAAAUGAAUGAAAUGCUCACUGAGGUUAGAUUAGGUUCAUGCUGUGAGUAAACGGGUUUGAUGAUAAACUUCUGAUAUCAUUUUUCAUAUUAUAUACACUGGGUUGAGGUACUGAGGGUUGCCAGGUUGUAACAAAUAUUCCACAUGUAUUCCUUUAGUUACACUGAGUUGCCAGAUUAGUCUGAAUCACACUUUUCGAUAAUGUAUGCUAAUGCUAAAUGCGUUAACGCUAAUGUGCUAAUGGAGUAAAACGCUGUGCUUUGUUCAUGUUUGUGGGUUUUUUUUUAACACUUCAGAAUUGUUUUGUUUAUAGAACCCAUCAUGGAGAAUUUGGAGAACAUGCUCUCAUGUCUCUUUACUGAUUCUGUGAGCUUUAAAACUGUCUACUGCUCUUUAUUCAUUAUAUUUCCAUCAGUGUUCGCUUUAUUCCAUCCCUCAACGCCUGGGCUUCUGUUCCAGAACAGCGAUUUCUCUGCAGUGGGAUUUUAACACCACGUUUCUGAACUUUUGCAUUUUUUUAUUGUAGCAAAGAUGAUUAAAGAUACGACUGAAUUUAAA